UACUUAACCUCUUGCAAUAUUUUAUCUAACUCGAUUUUCUUAUCUUAAGGGAAUUCGACACACGCUUACGCUCUCAGAUUGAAAAAUUAACCGCACUUAAAGUAUGCAGUCCAUUUUUUAUUUUGUCUUCCUUUUUGGAUUUGUUCAGGGGCGUGGCACCACGUGCUGCACGGACGGCUGGCUGGCGUUUGAAAGCUCCUGUUACAUGUUUGGGAAAGACGUCGCCGCAUUCACAGUGGCGGAGCAAUAUUGCCGUCAACAUGGUGGCCACCUUAUCCACGUGGACAACAACCAUGAAAACAACUUUAUCAAAGAUCGCUUGAGGGACUUGAAAGCAAGCCACUUCUGGUCAGGUCUCACAGACGAGGACAUUGAAGGAACGUGGGUCUGGUUUGACACGGACACGAACGCCACAUUCGUAGACUUCUACACGGGCUACGGCGGCCACAACAACAUCGCGGACUGCGUCAUCUUCGCCUACAACUUGGACUAUUCCUGGAUCGAUUACGCCUGUAGUUCAGCUGCCGCCAAACCCUUAUGCGAGCGCCCUAGCGAAAGUUGUUCCUGUGAGUCAACGUCCGCCAAUGUCAUUGUAGGUUAACGUUGAAACUUUUCCUGAUUCGACGUGUGCUUGUGAUUUUUAAUUUAAUUUGAUAUCUGUUUCUGUGUCAGACUUCAUAACGGUUAAUAAAGCUAGACAGUU